CCAACGAAGAAGAAGAAGUGCUGUCAUUGAGAAACAUGGCGGCCUCCACUGGUGCUGCGGACGGUGCUUCCUCCGACAUGCAGGCUUCAGCUUCAGUCGGUCCGAAUAUGGACGGCGCUUCGAUCCAGUACAGCAUGAUUCUGGACCACCUCAUCGGGGACAAGAGGCCAGUGAAGGACCUGAGCCCCGGCGUGAUGGGGGGACUUCCGGUGCCUUUUAAAAGCGACGAGCAGAAGAUGAUCGAGAGGGGGAUGGAGAGCUGCGCCUUCAAGACGGUGCUGGCUUGUGUUGGAGGGUUUGUCCUCGGAGGUGCUUUUGGUGUUUUCACAGCUGGUAUCGAUACCAAUGUUGGCUUCGACCCCAAAGACCCUCUAAGAACCCCGACAGCCCGAGAGGUCCUCAAAGACAUGGGCCAGAGGGGGAUGUCCUAUGCCAAGAACUUUGCCAUUGUGGGGGCCAUGUUCUCCUGCACAGAGUGCGUCAUAGAAUCACAUCGAGGGAAAUCUGACUGGAAGAACGCCGUGUACAGCGGCUGUGUGACGGGAGGAGCCAUUGGACUGCGUGCCGGUGUGAAAGCGGGGGUGUUGGGAUGUGGAGGCUUUGCGGCGUUCUCCGCUGCCAUCGAAUAUUAUCUGAGGUGAACGACGACAAAAGAGGCUCAGUGGACGAGGACUUCAUCGACGCACAUGAGGACGAGCCGGUUCAGGACUGUGAAUGGAGGAUUAAUGCGAGAGUGGGAAGCUUUGCAUUGGGUUGAAGAGAGAGAGAGAGAGGUUCCUUUCUGUGCACGCUGGAGAUAACAACAUGGGCGGAGAGACGACCCGAUCGUUUUCACCAGCGUCUCGUUAUUUUUGUCUCAUGACAUUUAAGCAAAAACGUCCUGUAAAACAAAUCUCCAGACAUGAAGCAGAGAGACUCUGCUUCUGAGCUGAAGGUUGAAUGAUGAAGCUGGCUACACACGCGGCGAUUUUAGACCCAAAUCAACGACUUGUUGGGGGGCGUGCUCCGCUUGUUUGUUGCAAACGAUUAUUAGUCCAAACAAUCCUCCACGUGUCACUACGGUUAUUUUACUGCCUCCCAUCGAGUUGGAGCCUCUAGAUCUGGAGUCAUAAAUACCAAUCGUGUUUGAUUUUUAUGACUCAGGUCGGACUGCCUGCAACAGAAUACCUGCCGCAGCCAAUGAGAGCGAGCAGACCGAAAAGCACCACCAACCGGAUGUUGCGUGCUCUGACAGCUCCCCCUCAGCUCGCGCUGCACAUUAAAUGAAGCCGCACAUAAUCCGUCUUCUCAGCCAGGAUCUCGACCGUGUCUCAUUUUCCUUUUUCUUGCUGCAAAACUGAACUCACAGCAGGACAGCCAGCUGAUCAUGUCCAUCGUCCUCCAUGUUUGUUUUUCUCCUGAAGUCACGUUUGAUCACGCGAGAUUCUGUGAGAUCUCGUGUCUGUGACAUCGUUACUGCAUCUCACGGCUGUAUCGUCACAUGUCUGCGUUCAGAGGAUUAUAAAGUUAAACAUCGGUUGAAUCUGUCCUCAUGACGGUGGUCUCCUCGUUUUUAAUAUCUGUAAAGAUUUGAAAAUCGCCUCGUGUGCAGCCAGCUGAAGACAGAUGUUGUAAACGAAAUCUAUCGUUCUGAACAACAGAAACCAAUGCCGGACCGUUUUAAUGCCGCUCUUGUUUCAGAACCUUUGUAUCAUAUGUCACCAACUCAUCAGGAUUAUUUAUAUUAAACUAAUUUCUCUUUCUUAA